AUGGAAAAGUGGCCAAUAGUGCUUCUUAUUCUCCCGCUGAUCAUCUGUCUCGGCCACUUGGCUUCCCUCCGCGAAACUGGCUUCAAACAUAUUGAAACACGGGACUACCCCGCAAGCAUCGCCGAAGAACAACCUUCUGCUCUUUUUGAGGUGCGGAUUCUGUCGAUUGCGAACAUGUUCCUGGCGCUCGGCUUCAAAGAAGCGAUGAUUGCGAACGGUGAUGCAGCUCACACGUGA